AUGGCAACGUCCGCACCAACACAUUGCCUCUUUGACGGCUGCUCCAACCCGACGCUGCCGGCGCGUGACAAGUGUCACUUUCACCGGUACCGCACCAAGUGCAGCGUUGCCGACUGCUUCAACCAGGUCUACGCGCGGCGGCUCUGCGUGAGCCACGGCGGCAAGAAGCUCUGCAUGCACCCGCAGUGCACAACGCCCGCUCGCAUCGGCGACUACUGUACCAAACACUCGACGCGCGGACCAGCCAUGUGCCAAUUCAGCGGCGGCUGCACGCACCCCGUCAGUGCCAGAGGCUUUUGCACGCUGCACGGCGGCGGCACGCCAUGCGCCGUCGACUGCUGCUUGAUGCCGGCGCGGGUCGGGCAGUUUUGCUGGAGCCACCGCAACCGAAUCAUGCCAAGUGCGGCAACAACGACGACGACGACGCCCGACAACUGCGACGCGCUCGCACUCAUGCUCGAUGAGUGGGCCUCGACCGACGGACCUCACUUGGAGCUCCAGGACAUUGACUUGGACGGCAUCUUGGACGACAUUAUCGCGUUUAGCAACGCGUCGCACACCGGACACGAUUGA